UUGUUUACAUUUUAUUUUGUGUGUGCCUCUCGUCGUGAACGAACGUCGCAAACUAUAUUCAAUAAAAAAAUAGAAAAUAAAUGAUUUUAAAGAAAAAAAAAAAAAAAAAACAUAAAACCAAUAUCGUUCCAUGCAAAAUCAGGGCACCAACACUCCGACCAAAUUUAAUCAGAAUGAAAACCCAACAUCGAGCGGCGGUAAUAAUGUUCAACAAAGAUCAACUACACCCAAGCUGAAGAGGAAUACCAAUUCCACUGGCUCGAAUGCACAUCGCCAGGCAAAGCAGCAAGAACAGCAGGAGCAACAACAAGAGGCCUUGAAUAAUAAUUUGGCCCAACAGCAGCAGCCUUUUGUCAAUCACAACAAUCAAAAUAAAAAUUCAGAAAAAGAAAAUCUUGGAUGCCGUCAAAGAUUUGCUGAAUGA